AUGGGCGACUUUGCAACUUCCAUUCAACUAUCUGGAGUUGCAGCUCAUUUUGAUUCGUCGUAUUUCAAAGCCUGGUUUCGUCUCGCUUCAGCUAUUGUUGAGAACGAAAUCAAAUCAAUAGCGGCACAUGUGGUUGCACAUGUAGAGCAUAGCUUACCGUUAUCUCCGCAGGAACUGCUGUUGCUGAAAAGUACGUUUGGUGCAAUACGCGCAUCGACUGACACUUAUCCGUUUCAUUCGUACGCCGAAUGGUGUACAAGCCUAGGAUCACCUGGUUUUGUACAAUUAAAAGAGAAGUUUCGCCACGAGUCAAAGGAUGCAGACACAUGGCGAAAAGAAGGAUCUGGUUACUUCUUCAUGGGUGACUACUUAUCUGCAGAGGAUGUUACUGGAAGGGUUUGA